AUGCUAUGCCCCAGACCUUGGCUAGGGGCCCUCCAAGCCCUCCCCAGAUUACCACGACUCUCCACCCAACAUCGAAGCUUCAGCAUAACACCCAAUCUUCCCGCAAAACCCCUACCACCCCGCCUCAAGAUCAACGAUGCCGACCUAACAGUCUCCUACCUCAAGGGCACCGGGCCCGGCGGACAAAAGAUCAAUAAAACCAACUCUGCGGUCCAAAUCAUCCAUCAUCCCUCUGGCAUUGUCGUCAAGUGCCAGGCCACGCGGUCCAGGUCUCAGAAUGCGAAGACUGCGCGCUCGUUGCUUGCUGAUAAGAUUGAGCAAAAGGAGAAGGGGGGUGGGAGUCGGGUUGCGCUGAAGGCGGAGAUUGCGAAGAAGAAGAAGGCUAGUAAGAUGAAGAAGACUAGGAGGAAAUAUCGGGAGUUGGAAGGGAAAGAGGGGGAGGUGCAUGAGGAGGAACUGGAGGAGGCUGAGGAGGGAUCGGAAGAGGUCCAGGCUGUUCCAAAGGUUGGAGGCUCAGGGGAAAUGACUGGAGAGAAAGGUCCGGCUUCAUAG